UCUGUUUUUCUCUUCUUGAUCCUAUCAACUUUUAUGAUCAAAUUUCACUAUCGCUAACCCAUUUCGUCCCACCAUCUUCGGUGAGAGAGGUAUCUUACUCUUCGUAUCGGAGCCUCACCUUCGUUUAUCCAAUCAUGGCCGGCAAAGGAAGCUGUGCCGUGCUUUUUUUUCUCAUGUUCAUAUCCAUGUUUUCAGCUGAAUUCUCUCACUCAACAGACACUCUACUGUCAACCCAAUCCAUGAGAGAUGGACAGAAACUUGUGUCUGCCAACAAUACCUUCGAACUCGGUUUCUUCAGCCCCAACAGUUCGAGCAACCGUUAUCUUGGCAUAUGGUAUCACCAGAUUCCGGAACAGACUAUAGUAUGGACUGCAAAUAGAGACAGUCCGAUCACCGAUACCUCCGGUUUCCUUACGCUCAGCGAUGACGGAGAUCUGAUGAUCUUCGAUGGCAGAGGGAGUUCAUCAACAGUAGCUUCUGGUUCUGGAACAAAUAACACGGCACUCACCAUCUUGGAUUCAGGGAAUCUUGUUCUGAGGGACGCCAAUAAUUUAUCACGGAUCUUCUGGCAGAGUUUUGAUUCUCCUACCGACACUCUCCUCCCUGGCAUGAAGCUUCGUCGGAGGAUUAGGCAAAACCAGUUGCUGACCUCAUGGAAAAGCUUCGACGACCCUGCUUCUGGGGUUUUUUCUUUUGGGAUCGAUCCCAAUGGCACGGCACAACUCUUUUCCUGGCGGGAGGGGAAUAUCUCCUGGGCAAGUGGGGUUUGGAACGGCCGGGAAUUCAGCCUUGCUCCAGACUUAACAGAAUCUAGCAUCAUGAAUUAUGAAUUUGUUACCAACAACGAUGAAUCAUACUUCACAUACCACGUCAAUGAAAGCAUCAUUACAAGGUUUAUAAUAGAUCUUUUAGGGCAAAUCCAGAAAAUGACAUGGCUGGAGGACACUCAAGAAUGGAUCCUGUUCUGGUCUCAGCCAAGAACCCAGUGUGAGGUGUACAAUCGAUGCGGCGCUUUUGGAGUCUGCAAUGACCAAAGGUCGCCCUUCUGCCGCUGCUUGGAGGGCUUUGAGCCAGCGUCUUUGGCAGAUUCGAACAAUGCAGAUUGGAGCCAAGGGUGCAUCAGAAAAACCAGCUUGCAAUGCAACGAGACUGGAGGAGAGAAGGAUGCGUUUCUUGGCAUGGGCCAUAUGAAGUUUCCCGCAGAUCCGGUUGAUUUGUAUAUUGGAAAGCCUGAAGAAUGUAAAAUCGCCUGUUUGAAUAACUGCUCAUGUAAUGCAUAUGAUUUUUCCAAAGGCUGUAAAUUGUGGUACGGGGACCUUAAAAAUCUGCGGGAAAAUGACACGGACAUUGGAGAUGGAACUCUUUAUCUUCGCCUUGCUGCUUCCGAGUUAGCAUCUGGAGGUACAAAGCAAAUGGCUAAUGCUUCCGAGUUAGCAUAUGGAGGGCAAAAGACGAAGAAGAGGCAUCUCUUGAUUAUUAUCACUGUAGCAACAUCUUUCACAUUGUUCAUUUUAUGCUUGCUGGUUUGUUAUCUGAGGAUAAAAAGACGGCGAAGAGGAAUCAAGAGACCGUAUGAGGGGCAACCUUUAUUCACAAUGAGCAAUGACAUAGCAAUUAACCUUGGGGAAAGUGAGGACAAGGGUGGUCCAGAGUUCUCGUUGUUCCAUUUCUCUCGCAUAGCAGAUGCCACGAACAACUUCUCAGCUGAAAAUAAGCUUGGAGAGGGCGGGUUUGGACCAGUGUAUAAGGGCCAACUGCCAGAGGGGCAUGAGAUAGCAGUAAAAAGGCUAGCUGCACACUCAGGACAGGGACUGGUGGAGUUUAAGAACGAAGUUCUUCUUAUAGCCAAGCUUCAGCAUAGAAAUUUAGUGAGGCUUUUGGGUUGCUGCAUGCAAGGAGAAGAGAAGAUAUUGAUCUAUGAAUACAUGCCAAACAAAAGCUUGGACUUCUUCCUGUUUGAUGCGGCCAGAGGAGCACUAUUGGACUGGGGCAGGCGCUUGCACAUCAUUGAAGGGAUUGUUCAAGGCCUUCUUUAUCUUCACAAGCAUUCUAGACUGCGAAUCAUCCAUAGGGAUAUGAAAGCCAGCAACAUUCUCCUGGACGCAGAUAUGAACCCUAAAAUAUCUGAUUUUGGCCUGGCUAGAAUUUUUGCCUCAAAUGAAACCCAAGCAAACACAAACAGAAUAGUUGGCACAUACGGCUACAUGUCUCCAGAGUAUGCUGCAGAGGGUCUUUUCUCUAUCAAGUCUGAUGUUUUUAGCUUUGGAGUCCUGCUUUUAGAGAUUGUAAGUGGAAAAAGAAACGCUGGAUUUCAUCAAUAUGGCAACUCUCUUAACCUCCUAGGAUUUGCAUGGGAGUUAUGGAAAGAGGGUAAAUGGUUGGAGCUUAUAGAUCCAGCAUUAGCUGAUGAGUGUCCCAGACAUGAGAUAUCAAGAUGCAUUCAUGUGGCACUAAUGUGUGUGCAAGAGAACGCCACUGACCGACCCACUAUGUCGGAUGUGGUUUCUAUGCUUGCUAAAGAAAGUUCAGCCUUUCCAGAUCCUAAACAGCCUGGUUUCUUCACUGUUAGAAUUGCAACCGAAGGAGAUUUACCAUCAAAAAUGGACGGAAGCUGUUCUCCAAAUAAUCUAACAAUCACGUUUCCAGAUGGUCGGUAGUACAAUUUCAGUUUUGUAAUUCUAUUACAUCAACCUAAAUGCAAGUGGGAACACCACCAACGAAGAAAAGCUUGAAUGAGUUGCAAAAUCGUAAAUUCCUGAUAAUGAUGGUGCCUGUGUAAUUGUGCGAGUCGCAAGUGAGUCCAUGGUUCAUCAUUGAAGGUUUCAGUUCAAUGUAGGCACAGAUUUCAAAUAUGUGUGUUAUAUCUUGGAAACAAUCUGCUGGAGAUCUUUGCCUAUAGCCUACCUACAAAAGAGAUAAGAAAAAAAAAAUA